AUGAGGUUUUUCAACGUCGCCGCCCUUGCUUCGCUUGCAACGGGUUUAUGUGUAUGGAGAGACGAUUUCAAGCCAAAUAAAUGCGUCGAUCUUACUUUCAAGAUGACAAAGACCAACUCCUGGGUCUGCAAAGAUUGCUUCAACUACAGAGUUGAAUUCAACACGCAGGCAGUCAAGAUUAAGUGGUGGUUUACGAACAGCGAUUUCCUCUAUAUGACUUUUGACAGGCCGGUCAGUUUUGUCACGGCGGCUCAUCCUGUGAACGACGUUACUUUCUUCGACGAGGAUGAUCAGGGCCGACAACGGUACCGAAUCGGGUUCAAGCCUGAUUUCUUUCCUGGAGACAAUCGAAUCGACUUCAACAUCCAAUUCCGAGAAGAUAACCUCACAUCUCAUGCAGUUGCGCUCAUCGUCUGUCCAUUCUGCUAUCCCUUCCCUGACUACAUCGAGGUCUACACUCCUGAACUCAUCAAAGACGAAGUCCAAAAAAUGAAGGAGAUUGUGACAGAUCUCAUUCCUGGGGGAAUCCCGAGCUUGUCAGACCCGAAAGAAGCGACUUCCUCUGUCGUUACUAAGAUCGACAUCGUCAAGUUUUCAGGCAAGAUUGAUAAGGUCCUCAAAUUCUUCGAGAUCGACGACGUUCUCGUUGACUCCAGUUUCAUGUGCGUCCAGCCUUACAACGAAACUACCUAUCAAUCCGAUGGUUACAACCAAUGGCUUUUCCAGAAUCAAGAUGAGCUUGAAAGACUUUCAAACAGUGAUGAGUUGAAAGAUAUCUGCGACUUGGUCCAUCUCAUUGAAGCCGGCAUAGAAGCGAUGGCACAAACGUAUGCCUGCCUGGAUAUGCUUCCCGAUCGCUGGCAAGACAAGCUCGACAACAAGAUUGCCAAGAUCAGUAAUGGUCAAGGCAGGGAAUGCAAGAGGCUUUACAGGCGAUUAGAAAGAGAGCAAGCAACUAACUAA